GGGACAAGAGGCAAAGAGAAGGAGGAUGACUUGAGAUAGGAGAAAAAUCAGUAGUCCCCUUUAGGCAUCCGAACAAGUCUGAACUGUUCUCCUGCUGCCCCUGAUGUUGCUGCUUGUGUUGAGACCACACCAGGCAAGGCUGUCCCAGUAACCAGGGAAAAAAGAUUUUGCAGUCUUGAUGCUCUUCUGCAGGGAUGCAGGCUAGCAGCUGUUGAGCUCCACAAGUGUUGCAUGAUACUUUGUGACACACGGGAGCCCAGAGCCGUGGAGCACUGCAGACACUGAUCUGGGAGCGUAGGCUGGAUAUGCUACAGGUGGAGAGGCGAGGAGCAGCAGGUUGUAGCGCAAUAUACGGAGCAGAGGACCACAGGUGGGCUCAUGUGGGUUUGGUCAUCCUUUGGAGAGAAAAAAAAAAGAAAAUUCAGGUUGUAAAGAUGAGGCGCUGGAUUUUCACUGUGUCGCUGCUGCUGUCACUCUUGACACACACUGAAGCUCAGGGCCGGUGUAAUAAUGUGCAAGUAGCAGACAUUGUUUUUCUGGUGGAUGGAUCUUCCAGUAUUGGGAAAGCUAACUUCCUGCAGGUGAAGGGCUUUGUAGCCGGAAUCAUCAAACCCUUUGCAAGCUCUGUCAGUGAGAGAGGAAUUCGCUUUGGGGCGAUACAGUACAGUGACACCUCCAGGGUAGAGUUCACCUUGACAACUUACCUAAAUGGCACAGAGCUAGUCAAGGCUGUGCAGAAUCUCAACUACAAGGGUGGAAAUACACGCACCGGCGCUGGUCUCAAGUUUGUCGCUGAUAAUUUCUUCAACCCCACAUACAGCCGGGAUGUCCCAAAGAUCACUAUCUUGAUCACGGACGGGAAGUCUCAGGACAGCGUGCAGGAACCAGCGCAGAAGCUGCGCAGUCUUGGGGUGCACAUCUUUGCAGUUGGUAUCAAGAGCGCAGACAGCGAGGAACUGUCAGAGAUUUCCUCCAAGCCUAGCAGCGAUUUCACCUCCUUUGUCGGUGACUUCAAACUGCUCAACACUCUUCUUCCACUUGUGAACCCCCGGGUGUGCUCCAAAGCAGGCGGAGUCUAUGCAAGUGAGGAGGCGUAUUCCAGUCCAGCCAACAUUCAGUUCACAGGCGUGACGUCUGAUUCACUAAGGUUCCGCUGGAAUUCUGCAGGCGGGCCCUUGAGGGGCUAUGUCGUCCAGUAUGUGCCCCUCUCUGGCCAGGGUCAACCUAUCACAACAGAACUGCGGCAGGAGACACUGUCUGCCAGUCAGAGAAGCUUCACUGCACGAGCUCUCAGGUCGGGAACAGACUACCUAGUGACUGUCAUUGCUCAAUACCCCAACAGUGUCGGAGAAUCAGUUUCCGCUAAUCAACAAACCAAGUCCUUGCCUGGGAUCUCAGGUCUUCAUUUGAUCCAAGCAGGCUUCUUCACUCUCUUUCUGGGCUGGGAUCAGCCUUCAUCUCCUGUCCAGGGAUACCAACUGACCUAUGGACGAAGAGGUCAGCCAUCUGGCCAGGUAUUGGUGGAGUCGCUAUCUGCAGACUCCACAUCUGUCAACCUGGAGUCACUUCAACCUGACACGGAAUACGUCAUUAGUCUCUACCCUCUAUUCCCCCGAAACUCUGCGUCUCCAGCCACUCUCAAUGCCCGCACACUGCGCCUCGAGGCAGUGCAGCAGUUAUCAGUGGAGACUGAGUCAGAGAGCAGCGUUCAUGUGCUGUGGAGAGGCGCCAGCGGUGCGCUGGCCUACCGUCUGGCAUGGGGAUCAGUCACAGGUCAAGAUGUUGAAACUGUAGAGCUCGCAGGAGACAGCGAGACAUACACGUUAUCUCAACUUCAGCCAGACACCGAGUACAUCCUCACUGUGAUUCCACUCUAUCAGGGCAAUGUUGAGGGACCCAGGGAAACAGCCAGAUUCAAGAUAGAGCGCCAGCUGCAACAAGUCCUCAAUGCAGCCAUCACCAGCCCCUCCUCCAUCCGCCUCACCUGGAGAAUCAUUCCCUCGUCUCAGGGGUACCGCCUGGAGUGGCGGGCGGGUGAAGGUGGCCGUCCACAGACCUUGUCUUUACCCAGGAGCACCAGCAAAUACGAGCUUACUGGGCUUCAACCCAACACAGAAUACCUUAUCACCCUGUACACGCUGUUUGAGGGUCGUGAGGAGGCCACUCUGAUCUCCACCACAUCCCGAGAAGUGCAGCCAGUGGGGAGGGUGUCCAACCUGAGAGUCUUGGAGUAUUUAGGCAGUACGGUCAGACUUGGCUGGACUGGUGUAUCUGGGGCCACACAGUACCGCAUCAUUAUCCAAAGCCCUGAGGUGGGAUUACAAAAUGUUCAGAUUCUCCCCGGUAAUCAGACGACUCUUGACCUCCGAGACCUGAUCGGGGGAGUUUCCUACGAUGUGAGUGUCACACCACUGGCGGGAGACAAUGAAGGCGAGCCAGUCAGCGUCUUUGUCAGACCAGAGCAAGGCAUUAGCAGAGUGUCAAACCUCAGAGUGGCACAGGCAAACAGCCGGAGAAUUCGAAUAGCCUGGACAGGUGUCAAUGGAGCGACAGGUUACAGGAUUACAUGGAGACAAGGCAAUAGUGGAGAGCUGUCUCGUGAUGUGGGGCCAGAAGCCUCUGUCUUUACGAUAGACGGCCUGCAGCCCGAUGAGGCACUGGUGUUCGGUGUGGCGGCCAUAGUAAACGGCCGUGUCGGGGAGGCCUUGACGCUGUCCUCUCGGACUAACCCACAUAGUGGGACGGUUUAUGGCCUUCGCGUAGUCGACGUCUCACCUCAUAGGCUACGCCUAGAAUGGUCACCCUCCUUAAGGGCAACUGGCUAUAAGAUCAGAUGGCGCAGUGAUGAUGGAGUGGAAACAACUCGGAAUGUCGCAGCUGAUGUCUCUUCCUUCACCAUCGACAGCCUCCAGUCAGACACUAUUUACAGCGUGUUUGUGUCUGCUCUGAGUGGCUCUCGAGAGGGAAGUCCCGGGUCCCUUAGUGUCAGAACAGAACCCGAUCAGUCGUCUGUCGGCACGGUGACGUCGCUCCAAGUCCAGGAGAACCCAGGGGAGGUUGUCAGAGUGUCUUGGGUUGGCGUACAAGGAGCAACGGCCUAUCGGGUGUCAUGGAAAAGAGCAGAUGGUGGCGAGGAGACAAGUCAGUUGGUGGGUGGGGACGUGACCGUCGUAGAUUUGGAUCGACUGGAUCCCGGAGCCCAGUAUGUGGUGAAGGUCAUGGCUUUAAUUCAGAGCCGUGAAGGAACGCCAGUGUCUGUCCGAGUCACCACGCCUGUUGCAACUUCCCUCCCAACCACACAAUUAAGAGUAGCAGAGGUUACUCAGAAUUCUGUGCGGCUGAGCUGGCAGCCCUUACCAGGGGUCCGAGGGUAUUUUCUGCGCUGGAGAAAGGAAACGGACCGGGGUCCAGGCUUAUCCGUCACACUGCCUGAUUCUUCCAGUUCAUACCAGGUGACUGGGCUUCGUCUGGGCCAUCAGUACCGCUUUAGCAUACAGCCCACUUUUGAAAGUGGACUGGGAAGAGAGAGCUUUGCCACUGAACGCACUGUGUGUCUCGGUGGACGUCUGGAUGUGGUCUUUCUCGUGCCCGCAUCUACUGAUCGGACUAACCUUGCCGGACCUCUGCGCGCUCUUCUCACAAGUGCAGUUGGUUCAUUCAACACUAUUGGAGUGCGCGACUCACAGGUGGGGGUUAUUGUGUAUGGUUAUAGACCCAAAAUCUGGUUCCAACUCAAUCGUCACAGCAGAUUAGACACCCUGCUCCAAGAAAUCCAGUCAACACCCUUCGGUGAAAGUCCUGGAAACAACAUUGGCCAGGCAGUGAAUUUCGCCACACAGUAUCUUCUGACCACCACCGCUGGAAGGAGGCCAAGGGUACCCGGGGUUGUUGUCAUCAUUGCUGACAAAAAAUCUGUGGACAACCUCACACUUGCAGCUUCAAACCUCCGAGCAACAGGCGUGACCGUGUUGGCAGUCGGCGUAGGUCAGGCAAAUACCGAGGAACUGCGGCAAGCAGUGACAGACGGCAGCACACAGAACAUUCUUUAUGUGCGCGAUGCCUCCCAGUUGGACGCGCUACAUACUGAUCUGGCAGACUUGCUUUGCGGUAUUGCCAUAAUACCAGGGGGAAUCCCAGGUCCAGAACCGUGUAGUGUUCAGUGUCCACAGGGAGAGAAAGGAGAUCGUGGAGAGAAGGGUGAGAGAGGCAGAGACGGUGUCGAUGGGCGGCAAGGAGACCCUGGUCGGGAUGGUUUUCCCGGAAGAGAAGGUCCGAGGGGUCCUGAAGGGCGUCCAGGUCUACCAGGGCCUGCCGUCCCUAUUGAACCCUCAUUGGGGGCAAAAGGCGAUAAGGGGGAGAGAGGUUUUCCCGGUAUUGAUGGAAAUCCAGGUCUACCAGGGAGACCAGGUCCCCCGGGAAAUACAGGACUUCCUGGUUCACAGGGUCUACUUGGUGUCACAGGAAGCCAAGGUGAACCCGGUGUGACAGGGUCACAAGGACCAAAGGGAGAUAGAGGAGAAAGGGGAGAGCCAGGAUCUACAUCGGGAGGAGGUUUUCCAGGGAGGAAGGGAGAACCAGGCAUCCUAGGAAUACCUGGGACCCCCGGUCGGCCAGGCAGCGACGGUGCUAAAGGUACCUCAGGACAACCAGGUAUACCAGGGCAGGAUGGUCGCCCAGGGCUACCAGGAACGCCAGGACUCUCCAUCAAGGGAGACAAGGGCAGCUCUGGAGAGAGGGGACCUCCAGGAGUUGGCAGCGGGGUGGCCAUAGCUGGCGAGAAGGGCUCCCCAGGUUCUCCAGGAGCUCCAGGAGUGCAAGGUCCUAGAGGGCUGUCUGGAUCACAGGGGACGAAAGGGGACAAGGGUGACAGUGCUGUUGGGCUGCCCGGACUACCAGGCAGGCCGGGCGAUCCUGGUGACAGGGGUCCUCGUGGGCCCCCAGGAGAAAUUGGCAGUAAGGGUGAUCGAGGCCAGUCGGGUGAGCCUGGAUCGCAGGGAGACCGGGGAGAAAGAGGACUUGUUGGUGAAACAGGAGAGAGAGGGGACCUAGGAAAGCAAGGAGCCCCAGGACCACCGGGGUUGAGGGGUUCCCCAGGGCCCAGUGGAGCGGCAGGAGAAAAGGGAAGUGAAGGUGCACGAGGCGAACCAGGGCGAAGUGUUCCCGGUCCCAUAGGAAAGAAAGGGGAACAGGGAGAGCCGGGGCUGCCUGGUUUUGAGGGGCCCAAAGGAACAAAGGGAGACCCAGGACAGAGAGGGGAGAAAGGAUCUCCGGGGUCAGGCUUGGGCACAAGUGGAGCUAAAGGAGAGCGAGGAGAGGCAGGAACUCCAGGUAUCAGCGGCAGGCCGGGUGCCAAGGGAAACCCGGGUGAACCGGGAGAGAGUGGAGAGGACGGGCGGCCGGGAAUCCCAGGGAAACUUGGUCUUCCUGGGAAACAGGGAGAACGAGGGGAGAAGGGGGAUGAAGGCACCCCUGGGGAAUCAGGACUUCCGGGGAAGCCCGGAGAACGAGGAGUGAGGGGACUCACUGGACAGUCAGGGCGGUCUGGAGAGAAGGGAGACGUCGGAGAGCCAGGGGAGCCAGGGCGAAAUGGCAGCCCUGGACUCACAGGGCCCAGAGGAGAGAAGGGACUACAGGGACUUCAAGGACCUCCAGGGCCACCAGGGAAACUGGCUGACAUUCAGGGCCAGUUGAAAGGCGAGAGAGGGGAGAAGGGCAACACAGGAAAUCCAGGCGCGAACGGCAGCAACGGUCAGAAAGGUGAAGCCGGAAAUCCUGGAGCUGUAGGCCCAAGAGGUCCUGAGGGACAACGUGGGCCUGCAGGCUCCAGAGGUGACAGUGGAGAAAGAGGAACGCCUGGAGAGAAGGGAGAAAGGGGAGCCUCCGGGUUGGAUGGUCGUCCUGGUCUGGAUGGUAAACCAGGUGUUGCCGGUCCACCUGGUCAGAGGGGUGAUCCUGGGAAAUCAGGCGACCCUGGAAGAGAUGGUUUGGCAGGACUUCGAGGUGAACAGGGUCUCCGAGGGACUGUAGGCGCUCCAGGUACUCCAGGGACACCCGGCAAAGCAGGAGAAGACGGCAAACCUGGGCUUCCUGGCAAAAUGGCUGAGGAUGGUUUGCCAGGAGAGGAUGGGCGAAAGGGUGAUAGAGGAGACGCCGGAGCUACUGGACGAGAUGGCCGUGACGGGCAAAAAGGAGAGCGGGGUCUCACUGGGCCUACAGGCCCUGCUGGCCCCUCGGGAUCUACUGGACUGCCUGGCAGCAUAGGUCCUCCUGGACAGGUUGUGUACGUCAAAGGAGUUGAAGCAGCACCGAUCCCAGGCCCCCAAGGCCCCCCAGGAACACCUGGUGUACCGGGGUUUCCUGGAGCUGUGGGUGCUCGGGGUGAGCGAGGUCCUCCUGGUCUAAAAGGUGAAACUGGGGACCCAGGAGAGGACGGAGCACCUGGCAAACCUGGAACUGCAGUGGAUGUACAGAGGGCACUGGCCAAUCUCGGAAUUCAGGUGUCUGACCUGAAGGCGGUUGUGGACGGCAAGAACACCGCCAUGACUUCUGAAAAAGGAGACAGAGGUGAAGCCGGUCUGAGAGGAGCAUCUGGUGCAGAUGGGUCACGUGGCUUUCCGGGGGACAGAGGGCCAAAGGGGGAACAAGGCGAGAGAGGUCUGAUAGGAACACCUGGGCCUCCAGGGAGAGCCAUUGGAGAGCUAGGGCCAGUGGGACCUCCAGGACCAGCGGGAGAGCCAGGAAAGCCAGGAAUUCCAGGUGUGCCGGGGCGAGCUGGAGAACUCGGAGAGGCUGGGAGACCAGGGGAGAAGGGUGACAGAGGAGAGAAGGGAGAUAGAGGUGAUACUGGUAAACUGGGGCUUACGGGGCUGCCUGGUCCAUCGGGUCAAAAGGGCGAAUCUGCUGACUCAGUACUAAUUGGUGCACCUGGCACCAGAGGCCCUCCUGGACUUGUAGGACCUAAAGGAGACUCUGGUGCUCCUGGGCCACCAGGAGCCAAAGGUGACCGGGGAUAUGAAGGACCCCGUGGUGAUAAAGGAGGCAGAGGCGAGUCUGGGGAGAAGGGACAUCAUGGCGCACAGGGAACAGCAGGAGAACCUGGUAAACCUGGUCAGGAUGGUAAACCGGGUCUAAUGGGGCUGGCUGGUCCUCGAGGCCUACCGGGAAACCCAGGAGAACCUGGCAUCAGGGGGUUAACUGGCUCCAUAGGUCCAAAUGGACUUCCUGGUCCACCAGGUGUGAAGGGUAGUCAAGGAGAACCAGGUGUUGGUGUUCAGGGUCCUCCUGGUGCCCAAGGCAGCACAGGACUGCCAGGAAACCCAGGUCCUCCAGGAGCCGUAGGUCCACAGGGGCCUCCAGGCUUGUCAGGGCAGGUGGGAGAAGCAGGAAAACCUGGGGUACCUGGAAGAGACGGAGUGUCUGGAAAAGAUGGAUUACCUGGAUUGCCAGGGAAGCAGGGCAUUGUUGGGCCUCCAGGUCAGCCAGGCUUUAAGGGAGAGCAGGGAGACAGUGGUCCACCAGGGAAGGCUAUGGCAGGACUUCCUGGUGUCAAAGGAGAGAAGGGUGUUCCAGGACAAACUUUGCCAGGAAUUCCAGGUGAGCGAGGCCUACCUGGUGAAAAGGGUGGCCGGGGAGACAGAGGUGUUGCUGGCAUCAGGGGCGAACGAGGCGAGGUUGGUGAAGCGGGAUCGACGGGAGAAAACGGGAAGCAAGGUCCACCUGGGCUAAAAGGAGAUAAGGGAGAAAGGGGCAUCGGAAUGUUAGGUCCUGCAGGUAACGUUGGACCGCAGGGUUUAAAGGGAGAUCAAGGUCUUCCUGGUCCAGCUGGUCUUCCGGGGCUGCAGGGGAAGUCCGGGCAUAGUGGGCCUCCUGGUCUGAGAGGAGAAAAUGGGGAACCAGGACGUCCUGGGCCACCGGGAGAGAGGGGUCUCCAAGGAUUUCUGGGCCGGGUGGGAAAUACCGGACCUCCUGGUCCUGUUGGACCUCCUGGACAAGCUGGUUCUUCUGCUGUAGACGGGGCCAAAGGAGACAAGGGUGAAAAUGGACUUGGCGUGACAGGGCCAAGAGGAGAGAGGGGAGAACCAGGAACCAGAGGUGAAGAAGGUCGCCCGGGCUUGGCUGGAGAGAGGGGGCUCACGGGUCCACCAGGGGUGCGUGGUGCUCACGGAGAGAAGGGAGAUAUUGGCCUGCAAGGGGACAAAGGAGAGAAGGGGGACACCAAGCUGAUUGGGGGACCUCCUGGAGAAAAGGGCAACAGAGGAGAACAAGGUGACAGAGGGCCCAAAGGUGUGCAAGGAGAAAAAGGAGCAAAGGGUCAAGAGGGACCACCAGGGGAGCAGGGGCUGAGGGGAGAGCCCGGGGAACGAGGAUCCACCGGAUUCCAUGGUGCUCGCGGUCCUGGUGGACAGAAGGGAGAAGCAGGUCAGGCCGGUGUGCCUGGUGAAGCGGGUUUGCCAGGAAAAGACGGACUGCUCGGGCGCAAAGGUGACAAAGGAGAGAUCGGCAUCGUCGGGAUGAGAGGAAUUAAGGGCGACCGGGGAUCCAAGGGGCUUUGUGGAGGCGAUGGACCCAAAGGAGAGAAGGGGGAUAAUGGAUUUCAUGGGCGACCAGGCCUACCAGGAAGAAAAGGAGAUCAGGGGGAUGUCGGCCCCUCUGGAGCCCCAGGGAUCCCAGGAAAAGAGGGCCUAGUCGGUCCCAAGGGGGACCGCGGCUUUGAUGGGAUCGAGGGCGCUAAAGGAACACAGGGCGACAAAGGCGAAAGGGGGACGCCCGGUGUCCCUGGCCCUCCUGGGUCUAGAGGGCCGGAUGGAGCACCUGGACUGACAGGCCCCCAGGGAACGGGUGGUGCGAAAGGCCCUGAAGGCCUCCAGGGACAGAAGGGAGAGAGAGGGCCUGCAGGUCCCGCCAUGGUGGGUCCACGUGGUGUUCCCGGGAUCCCAGGGGAACGUGGCGAGUCGGGGGAGAUGGGCCCAGAUGGAGCCAAGGGAGAAAGAGGAGAGCCAGGCAUGACGGAGACCGAGGUCAGAGAGUAUGUACGCACGGAGAUGAGUCAGCACUGUGAUUGUGCCCACUUGGCCACUCUUACCUCUUCCACAUGUGGAAACGCUUACUCCCUCCCUCUCUCCCUUCUGUCUGCCCUCCUGCGGUGGCUCCUUUCCUCCUCCGUGUCCUGUGUAGCUCUCUCAGCGUCAGGCCCUGUCACUCGCUCCCAGCCCAUGGCACCACAGCAACUCGCGGCCCUGAAGGCUGAGGGCCGCGAGCUGCGCGUGGUGAUGAACACCAACGACCCCGAUUACGAGCACAUCUACUCCAUCGAGAACUACGACGACCCCUUAGAUGAGCUGCUGUAUUUCCCUCCUGCUGACAAUCACACUGACGGGGAGGCUGACCGACAGGAGUUAGAGAAAAUGGUUAAGGUUGAAGCAAAAAAAACACCCAAUGUAUUGAGAGCUGGUGGGGAGAGAGGUGGCAAAGCUCCAGCUCUGAAACCACCCAAGCCCAGAACAGUCAGGUCUCUGAAAAAAGCCCAAGGCAAAGCUCCAGCAGAAGCGUGCCUCCUGCCAAUGGAGGAGGGCAGCUGCGUGCGUUUCACUUUGCGUUGGUACUUUAACAGCCACGUCCAGGCAUGCAGGCCCUUCAUCUACAGCGGCUGCGGAGGAAACGACAACCGCUUCCUCUACUUGGAGGAGUGUGAGGAGGUGUGCCUUGGCAAGGUUCAAGGGUCUCCCUUGCUGCAAACAGCCCGGUGAUGGUGACCAAGUCCUUCUCUGCACAGGAACGUCGGCCUCUCUAUAGCUUUUAAAUCAUUCUCUUGUUACAUAUCAACGGUAAAUAUUUGUUUUUCUUUAUUUAUUAUUAUUUCCCCACUGAACCACACUUGAUACUUUAGCAUUAUCCUUCUAAAUGCAUGCACAAAACAUCCCGACAUGGUGCUUAUUAAUUUAAAAGGCAACUGUGUUUAUUAACAAAGUAUUCAUACUGAAGAUAAGCUUAGUAUUGUUUGUAGAACUUUUUAUCGCUGUUUAGCAGUUCCAUGUCGGGCAGUGACUCCCAGCCACUGUGCUGCGGCACAUUAAUAUUCCUGUGGGAAAUUAUAAAAUCACUUAAUUGGCCCAAAAAUUCAUCUAUUCAUCUAUCAUCCACCGUAUAGUGACAGGCUGAACAAUUACAUGCUUGUCUACUAGAUAAUAAAAGGUGUGUCCACUUUUUUGCCUUUCAUACAAGAGAAUAAUAGCUCUUUGUUGAACUAAACAGGCCACAUUUCACACUUAGUAAGUACAUUUGUGAGUAAAAAGAGAUUAGAUUCUCAUUAUUUCGGCAUAUGUUCUUUCUAUGACAUGUUUUGUUUGGUAGUGUGCCAUGAGAAUUUUCAAAUGUAAACUAUGUGCCUUGACUCAAUGGUUGGGAAACACUGCUGAUGUAAAGUAAUAACAACAAGGAAUUUGUAUCUUAAAUUAUAAUACAAUAUUCCCUCAGGAAAUAACAGUAUUGUUACUAUUGAAUCCUUUUACAACUUCUGAACCCCAUGAAAUGGUUUAUUGUGGGGGGAAAAAAUUGUGACCAAAGGGUCUCAGCUUGAAUAUCCCAAACGAAAAUACCGCUCAACAGUCCAUCACUAUAUAAUCAUGUCUUCACAACCAAUGGUUACACUUGAAGAUGAAGGCAUUUUAUUUUUGUAUGUUUUUGUCAUUUGGGGAAAGUGUGUUUCUAUGCGUGGAUGCAUGUUUACUCACCAGAAAUUAAUUAUACAGAAAGUAAAAGUAUGUGGUUUUCCAUUUUGAAUAAACUUGAGUGUAAACAGUU